UUGUUAGUAAAUUGGGCAAAGACUGUGGUUGAUAAAGGGAAUAAUGUGGUAAAGAAGUUUACGAUAACUGUUAAAAUCAUAUUCGAGGUUUAUAACUCGCUGAAGUCUAUCGGCACUCAUCAGCCGAACACGUUGCUCACAGCCUGCCAUCAGUACUUAUUGCAAAACCCGAAGUUGUCUGCAUCAUGCAAAGCUUUCGUAUUGAACGCGAUUGACGGUGUCAUAUCCGAUUCAAAAGUUGUCGUUGAACUGGACGAACAGCUGGUCUUGCUCAUUAUCAAUCUUGCCACACAAGAAAUGACAAUGACAAGUAAGGAUGCUGAUGCGGACUGGGCCGAAUCAGCCAAGAACGUCUUAGUAACACUAGCAAAAAAUCCUCGUUUCGUCAAGCACGUUCUCGAUGCUGUUCUGCAGAAAUUUCCUCCUGGUUUGACAACGAGCCCACAUCGCUAUGUGGUGCUAACAAUGGCAACUAUAGCGGAGCAAAACCCCCUUGGAUUGGUUCCUUUUCUCACCGAUAUAUUCUCUCGAACUGUGCACUUGUUGAGCCAUGUCCGCAGUGACCCUCUGAGGUUAUGCUAUGUUCUUUCAAUCAGUCAGCUUGGACGCGAGCGAUUAGUGCGUUUUGUGAAUGUGUUCGGGAAUGUGAGACUGAAAGGCCAACGGAAGUUGAAGAACAGCUGUCUGAUUGUAAGAAUUCCAAGACUUGUACCUUCCACAUGUUUUCCUUAUGUAGGUUCCGAUUUCUUAGCGGUUAGUGACUCUGCAAUCCGCGGUGAGAACAAUUACAAUCGUCAUGUGAUAUUCAGUCGCGGGACAUACGAAGACCAGGCCAAGGUCAUUUACGAAGUUGUUUUUCAGUGGAUGUACUGCAAAGAUCCCAAGACACGUGCUGAAGCUGGUGAAUGUGUUGGAGAGCUGUGUUUGAUGAUUCCAUCUGCAAAACUUAUGGAGGACCUUAAGAAACUUGUAUCUACAAUACUAAACUUGUAUAAAAGAGCAUACACGGAACAAUACACGAUCACUAAAGCAAUCUGUCGAUUUCUGGAGGCGACCUGUGCGAAUGAAUCAUGUCCUUUGGAACCAUAUGUGGAAGAUAUUUUAAACGCUUUGUUUCCAAAUGCUUGUCUUGAUCCAGAUGACUCAAGUGCAACGUUAAAUACAUUCGCAAUCAAAAAUCAUAGCGAAGCAUUCCGAUGUUUUCACGUUGCAGGUAUGCAUCUUUAUCGAAUUUCGUUUCGUAUUUUGUUACGCUUUCUAGCCUCUCGCUUUGCUGAUAAGAUUGUGUAUUAUCUUCUACACAAAAUCCAAAGUGUGGUAGAUAUGCAAAAACUAGGAGCAAUAAAUGUACUACGGCACUUACUCAAUUCGGCAGGUGAUUCACUUACUAUCAAAGAGUUCAUUCUUAUGACAAUACAUGGAAGACAAACGAUCUUUGCUCAUGAUGGGUCUGCGGAAAUUGUUAAACGAGCCAUCGUACAAUUAUGCAUUGCAUUAUCUGACCACGCGUAUGUAGAUUCAGAAGGCGGCGAACAUGUGACUGCGUUUCUCGUUAGGAAUCUCGUACCACCAUCGGAGAACGAGUACCAGUCUCGUCGUGUAGAGGUUGAUGUAGCAGGACUGAAUCAAUUGCGCACUCAAUGUGGGCAAGCACUUAACACUAUUGCCAGCACUUGUGUUUGUGCAAGCAAGUUGCUUUGGCCCUACCUAUUAGAGUUCUUAUGUGUAGAACGGUAUUUCCCAGUUAUGGGAGAACUUUGUAAAUGUCUGCGAACAUUAAUUACAACGGAGCGACGAGAAGGCAGGGAACUCGACUUUGAGACUGGAUUCGAUAAUGCCCGAGUAGCUGGAAACCAUGCUGUGCUAGCGCGACUAUUUGUGUGCCUGUGCAAUGCACCGUUGAAUGGACUUUUGGCGAGUAGGGCAAGAGAAAGUUAUGGUCUAAUGCGGCAGUUAAGCUCUUGGUUUCAUCCGCUUAUAUCGGAUGUCUUUGAAAAGUGGUCGGAUCGAAUUAACUCUCUCAUAGAUGAGGUGUGCAGCACUUCAUUGCCAAGUCCAUCGGGCGACUCUUCACCAGCAGUGGAAAUGAGAGGACGUCGAAUAGCAAGGUGGAAUGAGGCGUGCUUGGAAAUGUUAUCAGCAUGUAUGUCAGCAGUAAUAGAUGGUGAAUGGCGAAUUAGUUUAGCAGCUGUUAUGGGAAAGCAACUAGAUCUAUACAAGGAUUAUCCCGAUGAAAAGGCAUUUCUUUUGCGAUGUCUUGGCACUGCUUUAUCAAAGAUCGCCUUGAAAUCAUUUGUUGUUGAUCAUCUCAUGUUAAUGUUCAGAUCCACUCAGCAUACUGUUCCAAUGGAGAGGCAAGGAUGUGCCCGAGGUGUAGGUGCAUGUGCGGCAUUCCAUACGGAUUUAAUUUUGGUUGAACUAGAAAAUGUAUCAAAAUGGGAACACGCAAAGAAAAGCACCGGGUUUUUUGGUUUCAUCAAGGAUGCGAUGCCUAUGCGCCAGUACACGGACACUGAAAUGGUUCACCUUCGAGCAACUUUAAUGCUAAGUUACGGAUAUGUUGUGCAGUGUUGCCCUAUCGACAUGAUUACACAACGACUUAAUCAGACGAUCAUCCCCUUUCUGCGGCAUUACUUCGCUAAUAGCAAGCAGGACACCGUAGUACGUGAAGCAAUGCUGGAGACAAUGCGACUCAUUGCAGUUUCUGUUCAUCCGUCAAGACUUCAUGCCGAUUACCGCUUUGAGGCUCGUAAUGAAUUGAUUGGAUACAUUAAGGAAUAUGUUCAAGGCGAAACACCUGAAGUGUUGUCAAACUCCUUAAGAUUGUUAGCUGCAAAGGCUGCAGCGGCUUUGGUGCGUUUGGAGCCGGCACUAUGUGACGACGAUAUUUGGGAGCUCGGACGAGUGUUAACGCAAUACAUUUUACCUAUGUGUCGUGAAAAGAGUGGUCUGAAAACAAUUGACGAUGAUGAGUCAGCGACGAUAAUGGAUGCAACUAUGGCGCAAUAUGGUAACGCGCUCGAGGCAUUAGUCGAAGUGCGACCGACAGUUGGCACGGUUACUCUCCUUCUCAAGAUUCUACAACCUUAUUACGGUAAGCUGGCGGAGCACGAGCGUAGCAGGUCGGUGGAUGCAACUCUUCAAGUACUACGAGUAUACCUGGAUAAAGCAGAGGACAUAACUAUUGGUGUAAGGGUUGCGAGCGAUUUUGGGCCGUUGCCAUCAUUGUUGGCUCGUCUUUCACCAAGAAUGGCCGAUUCCUUAGCCCUCGUUCGUCAUCAGUCGUUAACUGCCAUUCACUAUGCAUUCCGUAUUGCAAAUGCUUAUAAGGGCCACGGCAUUCUUACGGAUAGCAGCCUAUUCAGUAUUGACGACUUCGCAAAAGCCUAUUUAAGUAACGAAGGACGGUUGGAUACUUAUGAAGCAAAGAAAGCAAUAGGAAAAAUGGCUGAGGUUAUUGAAGCACGUUUACCGCAGUGUCAAAUGCAAACUUAUUUAUCUGCGUUGUUUGAGAUGAUAACAGAUCGUCAGAGCCAGGUCUCCUCUGCGGCUGCGCAACUGCUAACAUAUACUUUGAAGUGUCGUGGUGCAACGCUAGUCCUCGAAGUUGGGCACAGUUUUCAUCAUUCUACCACAUUAUAUCUUUUUCUUAAGUUUUCUCUGUAUUGUGUUUUAACUAAGGCUGACACAUUGGUUACGACAAUGCUUGGUCGGCUUUCGGAAGUGCACUCUUGUAUGCAAACGUACACAGAACUCUUAGCGGCCCUCGUCGCUUUUGCGAUCCAUCAGCAAACGGUUGUAUGUGACGUGAUGCUACGCCAACCACUGCCAUAUUCUGUACAACUCUUGGAUGCAUGGGAAUGUGUGUCGCGUGAACGAACUCUGUUCCUCUCUAUACUCGACUAUCUUCUGGAGUUAAUGACGAAUGCGUUAGAUCAACCCUAUGAUGUAGUGGACACCGGAGGUGGUGCGUCAGUCAAGGUCGUUCAUGUGGAACCGUGCCAGUACGCUGCUGCAAUCACAGAAAUUAUAAAAAAUGGCGAACCUGAGUGGUCCUUAAAUGAAAGAGUGCCAAUGAUUCUUGCCGCAUUGCUUCAUACGAUCAGCAGUGUAUCAGAUACACAGUGGCCCGUAGUGGUUAGGGAGAACAAAGACGGAAGCAAACAACCUUUGAUAAUCACUCCUGAGCUGAGACGUUCUACCGAGAAACCAGCUGGCUUAGCUGUUGCUGCUCUUAAGACGUUGUUUCUGAGAACACAAUCGCCUGCCAUUAUUGAAGACAUGAAUCAAGCGCGUGGUUGGAGCGAGUGCCUUGAUCGGGAACUGUUCAUUGGCGCGAUUACGGUGCUAGUUCGUUCACUGGUGGAGCAUCGUCCAGACUGGGUUGAACCCAUGGCAAGGAGGGUUAUGGAAAAAUCCAGUCAUAUUCGAGAACCGAUACGAUUCACCAGUGUUAUAAUUUCCUCGGCGCUCGUUCGGAAAUCUCCGGACUCGAACGGCGAUUUUAACGAGCGACUAAUGGUAGACUGUAUACGUCUUCUAGAAAACUCGCUUGCUGAUCAGAGUCUUAGAAUUCGUAAGCUGUGUGUUCAUGGCCUGGGCGAGUUGUCGGAAUGUUCAUCUGAGGCUAUUAGUGACAGGUUUGCAAGCAUGGCUGUCGAGGCUGCUAUGGGAGGUCUUGAUGACAUUGGAGAUAAGAAUGAUGCUGUUGGUGUUUCUAAAUUUCUUUCUACUGUAGCAAUGGAGUCGAUCAUUGCUCUUAAUAAACUGGUUUCACAAACUAAGGACUCGCAGUUACUUGGCAUACUUCGUCAAGAGUAUGCAGCGUUACGUGCUGCCUCAUUCAAACUUUUUGGUGAGUUGGCUUCCCGUGUGGGCAGUGAGAAUGAUGAAUUCAUGGCUCAUCUUCACGCAAACAUUAUUGCAGCAUUGUCAUUUCCUGAUCGAGUGAAUCAGUACACGUUAACAUGCAGCAACUACUUCAAGUGUUCGAAUGCACGGAUGCGGGCAAACGCCGCUCUUUUAACUGGUAAUAUUUUGGGUGUGCUUACUCCACAAUUACGCGCCACUAUCAGCAAGGAUCUUGUUUUUUCCAGCCUCGUGUUACUUCUGAAAGAUCCAGAAGAUGUAAAUGUGCGUAUCGCUGCCGUAAAAGCUAUUGGGAAUCUCCAUGACUUUUCGUGA